AUGCCAUAGAUCACGCAUCUAAGAUCUAUCAUAUCCAACAAUAAAGCUAGGCAUGCAUGCUUAGACACCAUGAAUUCUAUUUAUGCAUAAAAUCUGCAUAUACAAGGUUUAUGAUAAUUUAGGUCUGUCUAAAUCAAAAACGCUUCAAAUGUGGCUUUCCUUCACUCUUUUAGAGAAAUCCCUUUACUUCCAUUUUUUAGGAACCUUUCCAAUUUCUAUUAAGAGCUAGCUAACAACAAUUCUUUCAUUUCCCACUGUCACACAAAACCCCAGAGUAGAAAAUUUUAGUUAUUGGAUUAUGAUGAAUGUAGAAAGUUUGAACAUCGAAGCGCCGCCGGGAUACGAUACAUCCGUCGUCGAUGAUGAUGGCCGUCCCAAGAGAACUGGAAACGUAUGGUCCGCAGGGGCCCACAUAAUAACAGCGGUAAUCGGGUCGGGCGUAUUGACACUGGCAUGGGCCAUAGCUCAAAUGGGUUGGAUCGCUGGGCCCACCGCCCUCCUCGUCUUCUCUCUCAUUACUCUCUUCACCUCCACCUUACUCGCCGACUGCUAUCGCGCCGCCGACGGCACCAGAAAUUACGUCUACAGAGAUGCCGUCAAAGCCUAUCUUGGAGGAAUCAAAUACAAGUUUUGCGCGGUUGUUCAAUACAGCUAUCUUUUUGGGGUCACGAUUGGAUACUCAAUCACAACCGCCAUUAGCUUGGUGGCGAUGAAGAAAGCGAUCUGCUUCCACAAGUACGGACACAAUCACGAUUGCACGCUGUCAAACAAUCCUUUCAUUUUGCUGUUCGGAUUGAUUCAAUUACUUCUGUGCCAAGUCCCCAACUUCCACAAGCUGGCCUUCCUCUCCUACAUCGCCGCCCUGAUGUCAUUCGGCUACGCCUCCAUCGGCCUCGGCCUCUCCGUCGCGAAGAUCGCGGAGGGGAGACACGUCACCACCAGCAUCACAGGCAAGCCGAUCGACGACCACUACACCGCCGCGGAGAAGAUGUGGAGCUGCUCGGCGGCCGUCGGGAACAUCGCCUUCGCCUACGCCUUCGCCGUGGUCCUGAUCGAGAUCCAGGACACGAUCCGGUCGGGCGCGCCGGAGAGCAAGGUGAUGAAGCGCGCGUCGACCGUGGGGAUCCUGAUCUCGACGGUGUUCUACAUGCUGUGCGGCGUGCUAGGGUACGCCGCCUUCGGCAACGAGGCGCCGGGGAACUUCCUGACCGGGUACGGCUUCUACGAGCCCUACUGGCUGGUGUUCACGGCGAAUCUGUUCAUCGCGGUGCACCUCCUGGGGGCGUACCAGGUGUUCUGCCAGCCGAUCUUCGCGGCGGUGGAGGGGCGGUGCGGGCGGCAGUGGCCGGGGAACAAGGUGGUGAGCGGGGAGUACAAGUGGGGGAAGCUGAGGGUGAGUCCGUUCCGGGUGGUGUGGCGGAGCGUGUACGUGGUGUUGACGACGCUGGUGGCGAUGCUGCUGCCGUUCUUCAAUGACUUCGUGGGGCUGCUUGGGGCCAUGUCCUUCUGGCCGCUCACCGUCUUCUUCCCCAUCGAGAUGUACAUGGUCAGGGCCAAUAUCCCGCGCUGCUCCUGCCGGGGUUUCUUCCUGCAGAUUCUCAGCGCCUUCUGCCUCGUCGCCUCGCUCGUCGCCGCCGCCGGAUCUGUAAGGGGCCUCAUUCACUCACUUAGAACCUUCGAGCCUCUGCACUCGCGAUCAUGAUCAUCAUCAUCCAUCCUUACUUUGCUCAAUAAUUACCUGUCUUUGUAUAUACAUACUAAUUCACCUCAACCUUUCCGAUCAAAAAAAAAAAAAAAAUUCACCUCAACCUCAACUUGUGUUUUACUGGACUUUACUGUAACUGUUCAUUCUGUUAGAGCAUCCACACUAGUGACUAGUGAGCCCCUUUAAAUGGGUUCGUAGAUGGUCCCUCAUUUUUUUUAUAAUGAAGCUCUUUACUUUGGGCUCUCUAA